AGCCUCUUCAUGUCCUGAGUUCAGGUCUGUCAGGCUUCAAAUAAUUGCAGGACUUGAGCGACUCAUAGGAGGACGAGAAGGAGGAGGGACCACAGAUUUCAAAUAAAGGAGGACCUCUAAACAGCAUCAAAUUCUGAGAAUCUUUGGAACACAGUGGAUGUCGGUGAUAGUGGACAGUUGAAAUAUCAGGACUUUUUGAAAAUGUUCAGCUCUGAACUUGUAACAAUACCACAAGCACUCCCAACACCCAACUCAUUCUGAAGCUUCUACCAAGUCAGCUACAACUCGUGGUGUGCAGGACCCACGUAUGUCUGCUCAGCCUGAACGUCCCGAGACAUCAUCUUCUCCAGUGCUAAAGAGCAUACCAGCAUCCAGUCGUCCUCAGACAACAACUUGUUCUGCACGUGACCUUAACUGCGAAACAAUAGAAAAUAAGAUAAGAAAGAAAAUCCAACAUUCCUGGAAAGGGAUACUGAAAGUGUGCAAAGAAAAGGAUGUCAGCAAUGUAGGAGAAAUCCCAGUGUCGGACUUCCUAGAUAUAGCAGGGAAGUUCAAUUUGGAUUUAAGUGAAGGGGAGAUUAACCAAAUAACAAUAAAAUAUGAUUUCAAGAAAAAUGGAAGAUUUGCAUACUAUGACUUUCUUCAGGGUUGUAUCUUGUUCUUAAAACCACAGGAAACCUCACUGCUGAAGAGGGUGAUUAUACAGAAGCCACAAAAGCCACUGAGUCCUGGACCACAAACCACAUCAUUUUUCAGUGCAAUGCUGAGAAUUCAGCCCAAGAUCCUGCACUGCUGGAGACCAAUGAAGCGAACUUUUAAAUCUCAUGACGAAACUCAUAGCGGGCUAUUAAAUGUUUCAGAUUUCAGACAAGUUCUUCAUGACUACAACAUUGACCUAACCGAAGAGGAGUUAUUCAACAUUUUGGAAUACUAUGAUAAAACUUUGACUUCAAAAAUAUCCUAUAAUGAUUUUCUCCGGGCAUUCAUACAGUAG